CGCGCUCUCGGCGGGUCGGCUCUCGCUCGCUCGCUCGGCUCCGCUCCGCUCCGAUCCGAUCCGGUCCGGUCGGCCGGUCGGUGGGUUGGUCAACCGCCGUUCCGCAGUUAGUGUGUCAGUGUGCUUCGGAAGUGCCGCGUGUCCCCGCCGUCGCCGCGAGUGUGUUCGCGAUCCAAGUGCGCCCCAAGUGAGAAGGCAUUCCGGCGUUCGAGUGAGUCGCACGAUGGGAAAAAUCUCCGGAAGCCACUGCCUGGUGCUCGGGUGCCGCAACCGGCAGCUGCUGAACCAAACCAACACCCGCUCGUACUUCCGGUUUCCACGCGAUGCCGACCUCUGCAAGAAGUGGGUCGACUUCUGCAACCGGCCCGAGCUGUACAAAAAGUACGACGAGAACGGGCCGGAGUAUCUGUACAAGAGUUCCCGCAUCUGCUCGGACCAUUUUCAGCCGAGCGACUUCAACAAUCCCAACCUCUACAGCCAAGGCCUCAAAAAGGGUUCCGUGCCGACGGUGAACCCGGCGUGCAAGGAAUCGAAAGCUGCGCCCCUGAAUGGGGCUACGACGGCCUCGGCAGGCCCCGUUCCGGCUGGCGGUGGUGGUGGUGGCAGUGGCAGUAGUAACGGGGCCGGGUCUCCGAUCGACGAGAAGUUUCUUUCGGCCGCCGUAGCGUCGAUGGCUGCCGCUGGGACCCACCCCCACCACCACCAUCUGUCCACGCUGAUGAUGGCGGCGGCCGUCGCCGCAGCAGCCGCCAGUGCCAGUGCCGCCAGUCCCCCGUCCUCCGCCACCGCCACCGACAGUACGCCCGUCGCUCCGCUCAACCUGAAGCGCCCCGCAGCGGCCGCCCUCGCCGGUUCAGAAGCACCCCCGCUGGCGGCUACCAACAACAGCAACAACGGCGGCGGCGGCGGUGGGCCAACGGCGGCCAAGCGUAACCGUGCCGUACCACCGCUGGCGACCCCUACCGGUGCCCUUGCCAACCUCAUCCAGCGCCAGCAGCAAAUCAAGGAGCAGCAGCGCAAGGCGGCAGCGGCCCAGGCGGCGGCCGCCGUCGCAGUGGCUGCCCUUGCCAACGGUCAGGUGUCCAUCACGCCAGCAACGCCAGCCGCCCGCGGUACCAGCGGCGCACUUUCACUCGUGACGACCGGAACGGGGACAACGACGACGACGGCGGCGCCGCCGUCGUCCCUCAACAACAACAACCACAGCGUGAGCAACAACAACCACACCCACCACAAGCUACUGCUCGGGGGUGGUGGCGGUGGAGGGGCGCGGGACAAAAGCAACGACUACGGCAUCAACAUGAUCGAUAUGGACAUGUCCGGUGGAGAUUCCUCCGAAGGCGACUCGAGCAACCAACAUUCGGCGGAUGAAGAGUACGCCGCCUAUCGCCAGCAGCUGAAGGUGGCCCGGGUGGAGGCGGCCAUCCCGCCCUCGCUGAAGUCGCAGCUCACCGUGACGCCGGCGGUCAGCACCAGUACCACUGCCAUCACCAGCACGACCACCGGAACCACCACCAUCAACAACAACAGCAUCCACAACGUCAACGCCAACGGGGGCAGCCCGCCGAACGGGCUCGUGGUCGUGAACUACAAGGAAAAGUACGAGCAAACGCUGAAGGAGCUGUUCGCCUGCCGGAAGAUCGUCAAGAACCAGAACAAGGCGAUCAAGCAGCAGCAGGGCGAGAUCGAUUUUCUCAACCAGCUGCUGAAGGAGAAAUGAUGCGCCGCAGCGGGUGUUGGGACGGCGGCGGCGAAAGCGAAGAUGGCAGCCGGUAGGUGGUCGGUGUCGAUCGAUCGGUAAUCGUGGCGGCGGAGGAUGCGAUCGUUACACACCCACACACACCCACAUUCCACGGAUCAGGAUCGGGAGCCACCCGGCGGGGGACGGAGUACUGAUAUUACUUUUAGUGGACAAGAAGUGGGCAGCAGGCAGGUGGCACCCUUCAUCGGUCAUCCUGUGUACAAAAACGAAGGAAUAGCAUCAGUUGCCAGUAAAACCCAAUUGCGCCAAGAGAAAAGCAAAGAGAGAGAGCGAGAGAGAGAGAAAGAGAACGAGAGAGAAAGAGAACGAGAGAGAGAGAGAGAGUCACUAUUUGUAGGUAGCCGGAAGUAGCACGAGUCGCAUGGAAUUGCCAAAAUAGUUUUAGAAACCGGGAGUGUGAUGGUCCGGGCAUCGAGGGCAUCGGGCCACCGGAAUCGGUCACCGGCAUCGGCAAGGCAUUAGUGUGCGUGUGCGUGUGUGUUAGAAGAUGUAAGCUAUUGUUUAAAUUAAGGUCCCUCGUGUGUGUUAGGAAAGGUUACUAAUGCAACCGUGCACAUAUUUAACUAUUUAGAAGGUUCUGCUAGGGUGUAGUGUGUAGCGGGUGGUGAAGGCGGGUAGACGAUAGGGCGAAAGGAGCGCCUGUGUAUGUGUGUGGUGUGUGGUUUGGGUGGUGAUUUGUUUCAGCGUUGAGUAGCGUAUUUAAGGUGCCACCCCGCCGCGUAUAGAAAGAAUUCUGUCCCAUAAAAAAAAGAUAUAGUACACCGAUAUGCUGGAGAAGAUGGUUUGGAUCUUUUCGGAUGCCACACAAAAACAUAACUCGAAACAGGAAUUUAAUGCGCCUUUUGAACCUCACUCAAAUAGACUCAGUAGGAAGAAUCGACGAAACAAAAUUAGCGAAACAAUCCAAUCCCCGAAAAGUAGAGCGCAGCGUUGUUGUAGGGCGGGAACUAAGGUUUCGAUACACACCUGGGGCGUGUUACUAACUAGAGAUAUGCUAGUAGCGAAUGGGAAUAUAUGGGGGGUGGGAUUUGCCGGGGGAAAACCAAUGGUCCACACAAAGUAGAUAGGUUAAUUUGUCAAACAAAAUCCGCCGUAAGCAAACGGACGGAACGGAAACGGUCGGGUGUUUCGCUUUUCUUAGAAUUUCCUAAAAUCAGGCGACUCACGGAGAGUUUCGUUGUUGGGGUCUCAACGUCAUCAUCAUCGACACGUUACGUUACCACACCAGUGAAACGGUGAACACACAGGACUUGCCAAAACGGCGAGCGAAGCGAUGGACCCCAACGGAACGAACCACCACCUCGUGGUGGUGAAAGUUUUCCAAGAACUGCGGCCGAACGGCGCGGCUGAAGGCAAUUAUUUACAUACGUUGUAGUGUUAGGCCAGGAGCAACGGAGAAUGUCCUCCGCGGAGUUGAUGAAACGUA